AUGAAAAUAUGCAUGGCGUCAGACUUCUUCUACCCAAACAUGGGCGGGGUUGAAGAGCAUAUCUUCAACCUGUCCCAGUGUUUGCUGGCUCGCGGUCACAAGGUAAUCGUCGUUACGCAUUCGUACGGCGAUCGAAAGGGCAUCCGCUACAUGACGAAUGGGUUGAAGGUAUACUACAUUCCGAUCCGGGUGUUCUACAACCAAGUUGUGCUUCCCACGAUGAUCUGCAACAUUCCGGUGCUGCGACACAUUUUGCUACGGGAGCAAAUCGAGAUCGUACACGGACAUUCGGCCUUUAGCACGCUAGCACAUGAAACCAUGAACGUGGCACGGCUACUGGGCUUGAAGUCUGUCUUCACCGAUCACAGUUUGUUUGGGUUUGCUGAUCUGUCCGCGGUGGUGACGAACAAGUUUUUGGAAAUAUCCCUUGCCAACUGCAACCACUGUAUAUGCGUGUCUCACACAGGAAAAGAAAACACGGUGCUCCGUGCCAAGGUGCACCAGGAUAAGGUGUCCGUGAUACCGAAUGCUGUCGAUACAGCGUACUUCACUCCAAACCCCUGCCGGAGGCCCAACGACGACGUAACAAUUAAUGUAGUCGUCGUUUCUCGGCUGGUGUACCGAAAAGGGGUCGACCUGUUGGCGGGAAUUUUGCCCAAGCUGAAGCACAUGCCCAACGUACAUUUCAUAAUCGGCGGUGAUGGACCGAAACGAGCGCUUCUCGAGGAGAUACGAGAGCGCAACAACAUGCAGGAUCGAGUCGUAAUGCUCGGCGCACUGGAGCAUGCGAAGGUGCGAGAUGUGCUGGUUCAGGGUCACAUCUUUCUUAACACCUCCCUAACGGAAGCCUACUGCAUGGCGAUAGUGGAAGCGGCCGCUUGCGGCUUACAGGUGGUGUCGACGAAGGUCGGUGGCAUUCCUGAGGUGCUGCCUUCCAGCUUGAUCAUUCUCACCGAACCGACUGUUGAAUCGGUUUAUCGUGGCCUACGGGAAGCGAUCAGACGUGAGAUGGAGAAGAAACAGAUUACUACCAGCCGGCUGCUUAACGGUUCUAUUGACGGACUCGCUCCGACCCCUUCUAAAACUUCCUACACAGGCAUGUGUGCAUUCGAGCGCAAUCAAAUCGUAGCUAAUCUUUACAAUUGGAACAACGUCACCGAGCGGACUGAGAAGGUUUAUCGGUCUGUACUGCGUGAGGCUCCUGCUACACUCGAGUCAAUGAUGAAAAACUGCCUAAGAAGUGGCGUGUGGCCAUUCGUUCUAGUCAUCUCCUUGUGCCAUCUUAUAUUACAGUUCCUGGAUUGGUUCGUGCCCAGGAAGCACAUAGACCUAUGCUGCCCGGAGAAUCCCUUCCUCAACACCGACUGUGGUGAUCGCCGAUCGUCGCAUAACGUCUCGACGGCGGUGCGGCGGAAGCGUGAAAAAUUUUCCUGACGGCAAGCAGCCCUUUGCUCCGUGGAUGAAUAAUCCGCGGCAAAGGGCUGUGAGUUCCGUACAAUCGACUACCUCCUGCACAGAAGCGGGAAGGAGAAAUA